AUGACUGAAAAACGAAAAAGAUGUUCUUUGAGUGUUGCAAAAAAACGUCAAAUUAUUAAGUACGUAAACGAGAAUCUUGUAAUGAAGAAAAUCGAUAUAGCAAAGAAGUUUGAAAUUCUCAGUAGUACAUUGGCUACAAUUUUAAAGUUUAAAGAAAGAUUUUCCGAAGAAAGUGGGUUGCGUGCAAGCAGUAAAAGAUUUAAAUUGUGUGAAUAUACGUACGUAGAGAAAUGUAUUUUGAAGUGGUUGAAACAGUGUCGGGAUAAAAAUGUGGUAAUUGGAGGCCCUAUUCUUCAAGAAAAAACUCAACAAUUUACAGUAGAAUUGGGACAUAGGGAAUUUCGUGCAAGCAACGAGUGGCUUCAUAAUUUUAAAAAAAGAAACGAGAUUAUCUUUCGAAAAAUAUGUGGUGAGAGUGCAGAAGUCAAUGAAGAAGUAUGUGACGAGUGGAGAAACAAACUUGAAACGCAGUCUGAGGGAUAUGACCCUAAAGAUAUUUUUAACAUUGAUGAAACAGGGCUUUUCUACAAAUGUUCAUCAGACAAAACUUUAUCAUUUGAAGGUGACAAAUGCCAUGGAGGGAAAAAUAGUAAACUUUGGUUAACAGUGUUUUGCUUGGCACAAACAGUACCGGGACAUACAAACUCAAACCACUCGUAA